AUGGUUGAAGUGAAAGGUUGCUCAACAAUGUCAUUAAAUGGUUUUAAUAAAAUUCUUAGGGAAUUUGAACAUUCACAUCUCCUAAAAGCUAAAAAUACAUUUACUAUACAACAUAGUAUUCUUGGUUGCUUUUAUUUAUGGCCUUUAACAUUGUAUUUGUGGGAACGUGGGUUAUCUGCUAAAAAAAAUUAUGGCCUCGUUGCUCACUUAAAAAUAAACUUGUUUUGUGUCAAAGAUGGUGGUAGCAUUUGCUUUGGAACUGCUUUUCAAGUGAAAAGGCAUGAGAGUUGCUUUGUAACUUGGGUUGAAAGUGCAAGUUUUGUGCCAUCCGCAUUCGUUAUUGAGGAAGGGCAUAUUUUUUCAAUUAUUUCGAGUGCUUGGCACCUGUCUAAAGCCGAGGACCCAACUUGGAAGACUCUACCAUUUGAUAGGCUAUCGUCAUACAGACAUCGCCAUAUUGCAACGGAUGAGACAAGGCUUGUUGUUGUCAUAAAAGCUGCGAAGAUACAAUUGACGUACUCCUUUUUCUGUAACAUGAACAAUGCCCAAGAGUCGAAAUCGUUGAAAAAAUUUACUAUCUACUGUCCAAGAGUAUGCAAAAUUUCUCAAGUGAUUAUAUAA